AUGCCUGACUUUCCUGGCAACUCUUUUAGACAAAGAAAUGAACAUUCCAAAGACUUGGAAGUGAAAUUCUAUGAUGUGAAACACUUUGCCCUCUUGUGUACUGUGUCAAAACCAGAGAAAUAUGGUUUGGACAGAGGAGCCAAAGGCCAAAUUUCCACUUCUAUUUCAACUGUUAGCCAGAAGAAAGAAGCUGUUGAAAACAGAAGUUCACCUACACAUCUUGUUUUCCCUAACAUCAAGAAUGUGAGGGAUCUACCACCUCUUUGCCUAGAUGUUAGACAAAAACAGCGUGUUUCCAUUGAUGGAUUAUCAUCCGAAGUGAAGACAUCAGUCCUCCCAGAGUCCUCCCUUCCUGCCCAGCCCAAAUCUAUGAAAGACUUUCAGGAAGAUAUAGAAAAAGUUAAGUCAUCAGGAGAUUGGAAAGCAGUACAUGAUUUUUAUCUAACAACAUUUGAUUCUUUCCCAGAACUAAAUGCUGCAUUUAAGAAAGAUAUCACUGCCUCAUUUAAUACCAUUGAAGACUCUGGGAUUAAUGCUAAAUUUGUAAAUGCUGUAUAUGAUGCCUUGCUGAAUACUCCUCAAGAUAUUCAGAAAACAGUAUUAAAGGGGAUCAUUAACAGCUUAUUAAGAGAAUGGAAAGGUCCACGAACAAAAGAUGAUCUUCGAGCAUAUUUUGUACUUUUACAGAAUCCUCAGUUUAAUAACACAACCACAUACGUCAUCUAUGCUCACUUGCUGCGACAGAUAGCUACUUUAGUGGAAGCUGACCAUCAUUUCCUAGUGCACUGGUUUAAAAAAUUGUCCCAGAAGAGGUUCAAACAAUUGGUAGAAAGAUUGCUGCAAUUUAUUUCUUUACGCCUGUUUCCUGCAAAGCCUGAGGAGUUUCCCCCAAUAACGAAGUGUUCCUGGUGGAUUCCAUCAGCAUCGAAAGUGCUGGCUUUACUAAAUACAGCAAACAAUUUGGUUCACCCUCCCCUUAUUUCUUAUACUGAUUUCUAUAAUUCUACAUUGGAUCACAUUGAUCUUAUGGAGGAAUAUCACACCUGGCAGAGCUUUGGAAACUCUCACAGGUUUUCCUUCUGUCAGUAUCCAUUUGUCAUUUCUAUUGCUGCAAAAAAAAUCAUUAUUCAAAGAGACUCAGAACAACAGAUGAUAAGUAUUGCAAGGCAAAGUCUUGUGGAUAAAGUAUCGCGACGACAGAGACCUGAUAUGAAUAUGUUAUUUCUAAAUAUGAAAGUAAGACGGACCCAUCUGGUUAGCGAUUCACUCGAUGAGUUAACCCGGAAAAGAGCAGAUUUGAAAAAAAAGUUGAAAGUUACCUUUGUGGGGGAAGCUGGUUUGGAUAUGGGGGGGUUGACUAAAGAAUGGUUCCUUCUUCUGAUUCGACAGAUCUUCCACCCGGAUUAUGGCAUGUUUACUUAUCACAAGGAUUCACACUGCCAUUGGUUCAGCAGCUUUAAAUGUGAUAAUUAUUCUGAAUUCCGAUUGGUUGGAAUUCUUAUGGGACUAGCUGUUUAUAACAGCAUCACCUUGGAUAUUCGUUUCCCUCCCUGCUGUUACAAGAAAUUGUUGAGCCCGCCUGUUGUUCCUAGUGAUCAAAAUACACCAGUCGGCGUCUGCGGUGUUACCAUUGAUGACUUGUGUCAAAUUAUGCCUGAAUUGGCCCAUGGAUUAAGUGAACUCUUAUCACAUGAAGGCAAUGUUGAAGAAGAUUUCUAUUCAACAUUCCAGGUUUUCCAAGAAGAAUUUGGAAUCAUCAAGUCCUAUAAUUUAAAGCCAGGAGGUGACAAAGUUCCAGUUACCAAUCAAAAUAGAAAAGAGUAUGUACAGCUAUAUGUAGACUUCCUUCUCAACAAAUCCAUCUACAAGCAGUUUGCUGCAUUUUAUUAUGGAUUCCAUAGUGUGUGUGCUUCAAAUGCCCUAAUGCUGCUUCGUCCAGAAGAGGUUGAAAUUCUGGUGUGUGGAAGUCCUGAACUGGAUAUGCAUGCUCUGCAAAGAAGUACUCAGUAUGACGGCUACGCUAAAACGGAUUUGACUAUAAGAUACUUUUGGGAUGUUGUACUUGGAUUUCCUCUUGAUCUUCAAAAGAAGUUGUUGCAUUUUACAACGGGAAGUGACAGAGUGCCUGUAGGAGGGAUGGCUGACUUGAACUUCAAAAUCUCAAAGAAUGAAACCUCGACUAACUGGUUACCAGUGGCCCACACUUGCUUCAAUCAACUCUGCCUACCCCCUUACAAGAGCAAAAAAGACCUGAAGCAGAAAUUGAUCAUUGGAAUUUCAAAUUCGGAAGGUUUUGGACUCGAGUAA